AUGUCGUCGUUCCAGCAGCGCAAAGAGGAGAUCUUGGCCAAGAAGGCUAAGCUCGCCGAGCUCAAGCGACAACGAGAACUGCGAUCCAAGGAGUUCAGCAGCAACAGGCAGAGUCUCGAUGCAUCAGAGCUAGUAGCGCCUUCACCUCAGCGUAGUGGUGUCAAGCGAGAGGAUAUCGACUCUCUCAUCUCCUCCCUGGUCGACCGGCCUUCGUCCGCGACUCCCAGCACACCGACUGGCAAGAAGCGGAUAAGCAGUUCAGAGCAGGAGUCUGAGGAUGGCGCAUCAUCUUCAAAUCGAUUCCACGAGAGUUCUGGUGAGCCACAGACACUGUCUUUCGCCGGCCUGACGACUGUCUUUGAGAUUCCCGUCGAGUCGAAACCGGAAAUCAUUACAUACAGUAAAGGCGUGCAGACGUCAGAUAGCGGCACACAGCCCGAACAAAAUGCUGCAGAGUCAGCUGAAGCUGAUACCGCCUCCCGAAGUCCGUCGCGAAGACGCAGGAAACUCAGUCAGCGUGAGCAGCAGUUGGAAGAAGAGGAGAUCCGUCAACGCUUACGCCAGGAAAUCGAGGACGAGUUGAGGUCGCUGCAGCUGCAUGGAAAAGUCGAAGCUGAGAAGGAACGCUUUCCCGUACGAGCCCUGGCACCCGACGAGCUCAACGCCGUGACGAGCAGCAACGACUUCCUCGAUUUCGUGGAGCGAAGCAGCAAAGUGAUCGAAAGGGCACUAGACGAGGAGUAUGAUGUAUUGGCCGACUAUGCUUUGCAGGCUCGAGAAGUGGAAGACGACGACGACGAGUAUACUGGGCGAAGAGGGAGGAGGGUGAAAGAAGUGGCACAAUUCGACCUGAACGACACCAUGGGCAAGAAGCGCGCAAUCAGCGAUAUCGAUUUCAGCCCAAAGUUUCCCGAACUCUUCUGCACCGCCUGCACGAAAUCACAAUCAUCACCUCACACACCGCCUGGCUUACUCAAUGUCUGGAACUUGCACCUCAAAGGCCGGCCAGAGUACAGCUUGCACGCCACCUCGGACCUGCUAUCCUGCCAAUUCCACCCGUAUCACCCAUCCUUAAUUCUUGGUGGCACGUAUUCAGGGCAGCUUUGUCUCUGGGAUACACGAGCACGAAACCAACGCACAGGCGAGCCUGUGCAAAAAACCCCACUUACUGGCGGUCGAACCGGUCACGCACACCCAGUCUACAGUCUCGCAGUAGUAGGCACACAAAACGCCAGCUCCGUUGUGUCCGUCAGCACGGACGGCGUGGUAUGCGCCUGGUCAACAGACAUCCUCACCCAACCUCAAGAAUACCUCGAACUCCACGCUCCAAACCCAUCCCUCUACAAAACCGACGACGUAGCACCAACCUGCAUCUCCUUCCCAGCCUCAGAUCCAACCUACUUCCUAGCAGGCACAGAACAAGGCUCAAUCUUCCCCGUCCAUCGCUACGACCGCGCAGGCGCAAAAUCCGGCGUCGACGUCCGAACCAGCUACCGCGGUCACGAAGCCCCAGUCACAGGCAUAGAUUUCCACCCAGCACGCGGAAAAAUCGAUCUCGGCGACCUCUUCGUCUCCUGCGGUCUGGACUGGAGCGUAAAAAUCUGGCGCGCCCGCCCACCGUCCACAACAUCCAGCACAAUUUCCGGCAACGCAGAAGUCAUCAAACCUUUGCUGGAAAUCCAACGAGAAGAUUCCGUUUACGAUGCGAAAUGGUCGCCUACGAAACCCGGAGUUUUUGCGUGUGUGGAUGGGAGUGGGAAACUUGAUAUUUAUGAUAUCAAUGCUAGUUCGGAAGUGCCGGUUGGUGGCGCGAGACCUAGUAAUCAGGAGAAGGAUGUUUAUGCUCUUAAGAGUUUGAAUAAGUUAGCUUGGGAGAAAAAUCAGGGGAGACAUGUGGCUGUGGGUGGGCUGGAUGGUGUUACUACGGUUUUUGAGGUUGGGAGUGAACUUGGGGGUGCGGAUACGAAGCAGGAUACUUGGGUUGGCGUCAAGAAGUGGGUUGCUAGGCAGAGUAGGACUAGGCUUGAGGUUUGAGGAGGAAAAAGAAGCUUGUUGAGGGAGAUUGAGAGUGAGUAAGAUACCCAAUGGUUUUCCAUUGUCUGUGCUAUUCUGCUCAUAUUUCUCCCUUUGCGCAAUCUCUCCGCCACAGACGUUCAAUGUAUUGAUCCAGUCAGUCCAGUCCAGUCCAGAGUCCAAUCCUUCAGGAUGUUGCAUUAAGUCCUGGUCCAUGUCCCGUCCCAGAUAAGUCUCCAAAAUGAUCCUAGAGCCGCGAAGCCCGCGUCCGGGCUAGACAUCUGCUAUGAGUGUUUCAGAAACACUCGACGCUGUGAGACGACAAGCAACUGUCUUCAACGCGCGAACAGGCUGGUUCUGCUCACAGCUACGGUAGGUAGAUCGGGCUCCUCUUGAGUUGAGCGAGGGAUCUCGGAUCGUUUUUUCGAUUCGAUAUGGUGGUGGUUGUGGCGUUCGGCUGACUGGGACAACUGCGUUCCAUAGAUAGACAGCAGGCUUACCCGUAGGAGUGGGCAGUAGGUUUGAUAUCGGGUUCAAUCUAGGAAAAAAUGAGUAUCGUCAGCAUUCGAGGUUUCAUGUAAAAACUUUUUCUCCCACGUCGAGCUUGAAGUUCGCACGCAAAUAAUGUUUCUGCGGUCCUCCAUCACUUUCCGGGUUGGUAGUAGUAGGCUUCGAAUCUUACAGCAGACUUCAUCGACUCUGGAGAGAAUUCGACGACACCGUGGAGUUCCUUGCCUUUGAAAAUGGCUUGGAACAAAUUGUCCAAUCUCUCGAUGGCUUCCUCGCCGAUUUGGUAGU